AUGGAGUAUGUACAUUUUAUUAUAUUUUUGACCCCCCGAUGCGCAGGAGCUCAAUCAACGACGGUGUUCCUCACGAACAAGUGCGCCUACACGGUCUGGCCAGCAACCCUAACCGGCGGCGGCUCCCCACAGCUCUCCACCACCGGGUUCGAGCUCCCUUCCGGCGACACCUCCAGCCUCCAAGUCCCUCCCAACUGGACAAGCGGCCGAAUCUGGGGCCGAACCGGCUGCACCACCAACUCCACCACCACCAAAUUCACCUGCCUCACCGGCGACUGCGCCACGGGCCAAAUCGAAUGCAACGGCGCCGGCGGGAUCCCACCCGCAACCCUCAUCGAGCUCACCCUCAACGGCAGCGGCAACGGAAUCGACUUCUACGACGUCAGCCUGGUCGACGGGUUCAACCUGCCCGUCUCGGUCGAACCGCGCGGGGACCACGGCUGCAACGCCACGCGCUGCGCGGGGGACGUGAACGGGGUGUGCCUCCCCGAGCUGUCGGUGACGUCGGGUGAUGGGCGCGUGGUGGGGUGUAAGAGCGCGUGCUUGGCGCUGAAGGAGCCAAAGUACUGCUGCAGUGGGGAAUUUAAUACGCCGGAGAAGUGCCCGCCGACGGGGUAUUCGAAGCUGUUUAAGGCGCAGUGUCCUCAGGCUUAUAGCUAUGCUUAUGAUGAUGGGAGUAGCACGUUUACUUGUCCCACCGGUGAUAAUUAUUUGGUCGUGUUUUGUCCUUGA